CUCACACACAGCAAGCUUUGCUCUGUCUAUGUAUUUCCUUGUUCCCUCCCCUUCAGAUCUACAGUUUGAAGAUGGGUGUAGCCAACAUUUUGGUGUGAAAGCUGACAGCCCCCCCCCCCUUCUACUGCGGAAACACAUGUUGCUCAGAUCAGAGCUCAAACUAGUUUCACUUCUCAGAAAGUGAGAGUCAGGCAGUUGUUGUCAGUGAGAGGAGAAAUGGAGCAGAAACGAGCUAAGCUGGACCGGGAUGCCUUGUCUUGUUUGAUCUGUCUGGAUCUACUGAGCGAUCCAGUGACUACGUCUUGUGAACACAGCUACUGCACGAAAUGUAUUAAAAGCUUCUGGGAUACAGAGGAUGAUGAGGGACUCUACAGCUGCCCUCAGUGUGGGCAAAUCUUCAAACCGAGGCCCGUCCUGGCGAAAAACACCACGUUAGCAGAUUUAGUGGAAGGAUUUAAGAACAAUGGAGUCCAAACUGAUCACUGCAAUGCUGAAGCUGAAGAUGUGGACUGUGAUUUCUGCACUGGGACAAAAUUGAAAGCGAACAAGUCCUGUCUUGUGUGUUUGGUCUCUCUCUGUGAGCAACACCUUCAGCCUCACUUUGAAUUACCCAUCUUUGAAAAGCACAAGCUGGUGGCUCCGUCCAAGAAGCUCCAGGAGAACGUCUGCUCUCGUCACAGUGAGGUGAUGAAGAUGUUCUGCCGUACUGAUCAGCAGUGUAUCUGCUAUCUCUGCCCUGUGGAUGAACACAAAGACCACGACACAGUCUCUGCUGUAGCAGAAAGGACUGAAAGGCAGAAGGAGCUCGAGGAGAAUCAACAAACCAUCCAGCAGAGACUCCAGGACAGAAAGAAAGAGGUGAUGCUGCUUCAACCUGAGAUGGAGGCCAUCAAUUGCUCUGCUGAUAAAGCAGUGGAGGACAGCGAGAAGAUCUUCACUGAGCUGAUCCGAUUUAUUGAGAAACGAAGCGCUGAGGUGAAGGAGCAGAUCAGAUCGCAGCAGAAAAGCGAGGUGAGUCGAGUCACAGAGCUUCGGGAGAGGAUGGAGCAGGAGAUCGCUGAGCUGAAGAGGAACGACGCCGAGCUGACGAAGCUGUUACACACCGAGGAUCACAACCAGUUUCUACACAACUACCCCUCACUGGCACCACUCAGCGAACCUACAGACUCAUCCAGCAUCAAUAUCCGUCCUCUGAGUUACUUCGAGGGUGUGACAGCGGCUGUGUCAGAAGUCAGAGAAAAACUACAGGACUUUCUGAGUGAGACAUGGACAAACAUCUCACUGGCAGUGACUGAUGUGGACGUUUUACUGUCCCAUCCGGAGCCCCAAACCAGAGCUGAAUUCUUAAAAUGUUCGCAGAAAAUCACCCUGGAUCCAAAUACAGCCCACCCACAGGUGUCAGUGUGGAACAGAGGAGCAACAUUCACGAAAGACCAACACUCUUAUUCUAGUCACCAAGACCGAUUCACUUCAUAUCGUCAGGUCCUGAGUAGAGAGAGUCUGAUUGGUCGUCGUUACUUGGAGGUGCAGUGGAGUGGGAUAGGAGUUAGGGUAGCAGUCACAUACAAGGAUAUCAGCAGAACAGGGGGCUUUGAAGAAUGUCAGUUUGGAUACAAUGACAAAUCUUGGGCGUUAAGUCGUCUCAAUAAAAGUCUUACAUUUCAUCACAACAAUGUCUGCACUCACGUCUCCGGUCCGUGCUCGUCCAAAGUAGGAGUGUAUCUGGAUCACAGUAGAGGCCUUCUGUCCUUCUACAGCGUCUCUAAAACCAUGACUCUCCUCCACAGAGUGCAGACCACCUUCACUCAGCCGCUCUAUGUUGGGUUUUGCUUUAAUUACAGUUGGGGAGACUCGGCCACGUUCUGUGAACUCAAUUCGACAGAAGACGUUUAAGGGGCAGCGGGUUAGAGUUUGUGUUUUAAAGCUGACGGCGGGUAGUUUCUGUCGCCCUCAUGAGGAAUUCUAUGUAAUGACAACAACACUGUCCACGCAUCCACAUGAUGCAAUCUUUCGGUGAUGUGCAGAGCACCCCUCCACCACGCAGUUGCUAGUAGUUGAACCCGUCAAAUCCAGGAGGACACAAAGGAUAAAAAACCCAACGUGAUGGACGCUUCAGAAGAGGUAUUUAUCUUGUAAUUGUUAUGUCCUCUUUGUCUCCAAAGCUGAAUACUGCUGUUGUCCUUUUUCAGCGGUUACAUAAAAUGCAAAUGUACUCAGCAAAUGUACAGAGAACUCUGGUACUUAUCGGCUUUUACAAGCUUUGUGCCAACUCGUUUGGCAAUGGCUUGAAUGUAACGGAUGUUCAUUAAUAUACAACAGUUUGCACUAUAGCUUUAACUCUUAAACUCUUGUUUUGUCUCUGUGUUUGUUGCUGAGAGCUGAUGGUCGUGGCGUUUCUUCCCUGCACAGAGAUCAGCUGCCAAUCAAACAUUAAGGGAUGUACUUUAAUAUUUUCUCAUUAGUCGUUGUGUAACUUUUAGGAGUUUCUUUAACUAGCGAUGCCUCCCGGGUCUGUUUAGCCAUACAGGUUUGUUUAUACAUCAGUGUCUAAUUUCCUUAAAUGAGUUUAAAUGUUAUGGUAAAACCAUAGAACAUGACUCCAUUCACACGUGCAAAUGUUUGAUUAAUGACACUUUUAUUUAAUUGAAAUGCACUGUCUUUGCCUCUUUUGUGUUUGUUUUGUGGUUUUAAAUUUUUGUUUUAUGUAAUUAAUGUGUUCUGCUAUCUUGGCCAGGUCUCUCUUUAGAAAGAAAUUGUAUAUCUCAAUGAGACAAACCUGGUUGAAAUAAAGGUAAAAUAAAAACAUAAAAA